GCUUUCGCUUCCUCAGUGGUUUGUUUCGUUGGUGCUAUCAGCGUCACCUGGUCGCUUGCUCCCUUAAGUACAGGGCAUGUGGUCGUCCGCUCCCAUUAUUAUUCUCCGCCGGCCCCGAUAGGAAGAACACCAUCAAUGGCAGCUGCCCUGGUCCUUCUUGCUUCUCUAGCUGUCUUCCUCUCGUGGGUGGGGGUAAAGACAGUAUACUCUCUGUGGUGGAAGCCCAGGCAGUACGCAGAGACCUUCAAGAGGCAAGGAAUCCUCGGCUACCCCUACAAACUCUUCAUCGGCAACUCAAGGGAUGCAGCGAUCUUGCAAGAGAAAGCAUUGGCUAAGCCCAUGGCCUUCUCUCAUGAGUUAGUUUCACGAAUUAAUCCCUUCUUUAAGGAAUCUGUUGAUAAAUACGGUAGAAUUUCUCUCUCUUGGUUUGGGAAGACACCGCAGCUAAUCCUUAUAGAUGCGGAGAUGGUAAAAGAAGUCCUUUCCAACAAAUUUGGGCACUUCUCGAAGCCUCCUCAGCUUGCCCAAGGGAAGAUGCUAGCAAGGGGCCUCGCCAGCUUGGAAGGUACACAAUGGGCAGUCCAGCGAAGGCGCCUCAAUCCUGUCUUUCAUCUGGAAAAACUCAAGGAAAUGCUGCCAGCAUUCUCCACUUGCUGUAGUGAGCUGGUUCAAAGGUGGGAAAAAUCACUUAGCCUCCAAGGAUCGUGUGAGUUAGAUGUAUGGAAGGAGUUCAAUAACCUUACUGGAGACGUAAUUUCUAGGACUGCCUUUGGAAGUAACUAUAAAGAAGGCAGACAGAUAUUCCAAAUGCAGAAGGAACAGGCGGAGCUAGUGAUUCGAGCCUUAAGGAAAAUUUAUAUCCCUGGAUUAAGGUUUUUGCCAACAAAGGACAACAAGAGGCAGAAGGAGCUUAACAGAAAGAUUAUAUCCCUGCUUAAUAACAUAAUUGAGAAGAGAGAGAAGGAAAUGCAGUUGGGCAUUGCCAAAAAUGACGAUCUGUUGGGCAUAUUGUUGGAAUCAAACAAGAACCACCAUGGGCAUGGGGACAAGGGAAUGACGAGGGAGGAAGUCAUAGAGGAGUGCAAGCUUUUCUACUUUGCUGGUCAGGAGACAACUGCAGUGUUGCUAACAUGGACCAUGGUUCUGCUCUCCAUGUACCCAAGCUGGCAGAUGCAUGCGAGGGAAGAAGUUCUUCAAGUUUGUGGAAAGAACGUCCCCUCUUUUGACAGCUUAAGCCACCUGAAGACUGUCACUAUGAUUCUAAAUGAAGUGUUAAGACUAUAUCCACCUAUAAAUGUUGUGGUUAGACGAACCUACAAAACAGUAAAAGUGGGAAAUCUCACCCUCCCAGAGGGAGUUCGAUUGGUUAUGCCACUGCUAUUGAUCCACCAUGAUCGCGAGCUUUGGGGUGACGAUGCUGAAGAAUUCAAACCAGAGAGGUUCUCAGAAGGAAUUGCAAGUGCAUCCAAGAAUCAAUUGGCAUUCUUUCCAUUUAGCUGGGGUCCUCGGAUCUGCAUUGGCCAGACAUUUGCACUAAUUGAGGCCAAGAUGGCACUUGCAAUGAUUAUCCAGCGCUUCUCCUUCGAGCUCUCCCCAGUCUAUGCUCAUGCUCCACACCAGAUUGUGACCCUUCAACCUCAGUAUGGAGCUCAAAUCAUCCUGCAUCCUACCUGAGAGAAGAAGUACAGCCGUGUCAGAGUUUCUUCCACAGUUCUGCCUAAGUGAGUUCCCGAAGCACAUUACAUGUGCUAGGCUCAGUUCAGACAGGAAGUAAUAUUGUAGUAUCUGUUUCUACCUAUGCUGUGUAUUGCACAUAUUGUUGUCUACUGGACAAAAAGGCUAAAAGCAAGGCCAAUUCCUUUGGAACCAUGGAGGAGUUUUUGCAAGUGCAGUUGUGAACUUUGAUCAUGAAAGUGAAAAGGAACGGGAGGCUUUGACUUUUCACA